AUGGCGACGCAAGGUUCCGAGAGUAUUAAUCUUGAGAUGUUAGAUGUCCAGCAGCUCAGUCAGGUCAAGAAGCAGCUGGAGGAGGAGCUAGAGCACUUGACAAACUCCUUUGCGCAGCUUCACAGCGCCCAGGCCAAGUUCAGAGAAUGCCUUCGCUGUAUCACGUCGCGCCCUGGUUCCGAUAUUGGCGAAAAGUCGGUCCUGGUUCCCUUGACUAACUCUCUCUAUGUACGCGGGGAGAUAUCGGACCCAAAACACGUCAUCGUCGAUGUCGGCACUGGAUUCUAUGUUGAAAAGGAUACAGAGUCAGCUGAGCGGUUCUACAAAGCAAAGGUACAGCAACUUUUAAACAGUACCCAAGACCUUGAGAGUAUUAUUCAACGCAAGACUUUGAAUGUACAAAGCGUUGAGGAUAUUCUGAGACAGAAGGUACUACAAGUUUAA